AGGGGCUGUACAAGCAUGCCUUUUAUAUUUACUAGUGACUGAGAGAGCGAGCGAGCGGGAGCGAGGGAGCAGCUGAAGGCAGAGACAACCGGUGCGCACGGCUUUCCCAAGAGGAAAUGAAAAGAAAAGAGCCGAGCGAGGAGAGUGAAUGAGGAAGGAUGGGAGGGAGCACGCCGCCUAGAGAGGGAGCCCAAGACACAGAGUGAGAGAGAGGCAGAAGCCGGGGAGAGAUUCUCACACUGGCUGUGUCCUAAUCCGAGUCCAUCUCCAAGAGGCAGCGGAGCAGAGUGUUAGUGAAGUGAGUCUGAGAGCCACGGAAACGCAAACACACACACUCUCUCUCUCUCUCUCUCUCUUUCUGUCUCUCUCUCUCACACACACACACACACACACACACACACACACACACAGUUGCUACGGGAGUCCUCAGUGAGUCCGGCUGCGUGGCUUUUGUGAAAGUGAGGGGAUUGACGCUGCCCCUGUCCCAGUCCCCUUGGCUCACACACACAGUGUUUGUUGGCUGUGUUUAAGAUCGAGGUGGCGGAGGUGGUGCGGUGGUGGGGUGGCACCAUCAGGGCAGAGCAGGGGCACCACAGAGGAGAGGAAGAAGAGGAGGAGGAGGAGGAGGAGAGAGACAAAGUGGAUCGGACGCACAGCGGCAGCCUGAAUGCUGGAAAUGCCCGUCAGGUCUGAGUCUGUCACACCGUCAGCCAAUCAGAGGCUCCGCUAACAGUGGCGUCGGCACGUGACUGGGAGAAGGAUGGCCACCAUGCCAUUUGUCAAUGAGGGGAAGUGUGUGAGCGUGGAGUGGGAUUUCCUACAAGGACUCUUGGCCAAGCCUCCCACCCUGCCCUGUCUGCAGAACCUGCGCAAAGAAAAGUCUCGCAAUGCCGCCCGCUCACGGCGCGGGAAGGAGAACUUUGAGUUCUUCGAGCUGGCCAAGAUGCUGCCGCUGCCCGGGGCCAUCACCAGCCAGCUGGACAAGGCUUCGGUCAUCCGGUUGACCAUCAGCUACCUGCACAUGCGCACCUUUGCCAGCCAAGGGGACCCGCCGUGGAGCCCUCUGCUGGAGGGAGACAGCAACUGCAGCAAAGUACGACGGUCCUCCCAUUCUCUGGCCACCGACAUGUUCGAGCAGCACCUCGGGGCUCACCUCCUGCAGUCUCUCGAUGGAUUCGUGUUUGUAGUGAGCCAGGAAGGACGUUUCCUGUACAUCUCAGAGACGGUUUCCAUCUACCUGGGACUCUCACAGGUGGAGCUCACCGGCAGCAGUGUCUUCGACUACAUCCACCCGGCGGACCACGUGGAGAUGGCGGAGCGGCUGGGGAUCCGGCCGCACCUGAGGGCGGAGGCCGGCUGCCACACCGCCCCCGAGAGCGCCUCCAGCUCGGCCUCGGCCUCCUCCCUGGCUGGCACUCCGGAGCCCGCCGCCCCGUCCAGUCCUCACGCUCCGGCCGACGAGCCUCCCGACCGCGGCUUCUUCAUCCGGAUGAAGUCCACGCUCACCAAGCGCGGCCUGCACGUCAAGUCUUCUGGAUACAAGGUGAUCCACGUGACCGGGCGGAUCAGGUGUCGCCCCGCUCUGGUGCCCGGCUCCACCCGCUCCGUGCGCCGGCCCAUGGGCCUGGUGGCCCUGGCGCACACGCUCCCGCCCUCCACGCUGAACGAAGUGCGCAUGGAGAGUCACAUGUUUGUCUUCCGGGUCAACAUGGACCUGCAGGUCACCUACUGCGAGAACAGGAUAUCAGAGUACAUGGAUCUGACCCCAGCUGAAGUGGUGGGUCACACCUGCUACCACUUCGUCCAUGUGGAGGACUUGGAAAACCUCCGGCAGAGCCACGAAGACUUGCUGCGGAAAGGCCAAGUGGUGACGGGCUACUACCGCUGGCUGCAGAGGAGAGGCGGCUACCUGUGGAUCCAGUCCAACGCCACCGUCUCCAUCAACCACAAAGCCCCCCACGAGCGCAACGUCAUAUGGGUCAACUACGUCCUCAGUCGCACCGAGCUGCCCGACACGCCGCUGGACCUGCUGCAGCUUCCGGAGAGCGUGAGGGCCGAGCGGCUGCGAGUCAGCGCCUCGCCGCCGGAGGCCUCGCCGCAGACCCGAGGGUCGCAGCCAGGGAAGGCCGAGCCCGACUCCAAGGGCAGGGAGAAGUUCGCCCCCGCCGAGGACAGGAGGAAGCGCCCGCUGAGGUCCGACCCGGAGGGAGCUCCCCCAGAGUCCCGCCGCAGACUGGAGGAGCUGCGGCAGGCGGAGGAGAGCGUCUCGGCCUCCUCGGACCUGGCCAGCGAGAGCGAGGGCGAGGAGGAGGAGGAGGAAGAGGAGGGCGAGUGGGAGCAGGGGGGCGAGGGCGACAAGCUGAAGCAGGAAGACAGCGGGGCGGGCGCUAAGCAGGCUCGAGGAGAGGACGCCCCGACGAGAGGCGAGCGAGGGGGCAGGGUUCACAACGGCCGGCCCGUCAUCCAGCAGCUGAAGAGCGUGGUGGCGCCCUCCUCCCUCCCGGGGAACCCCAGCAUCAAAACUGAGCACGAGGCCCUCACCACCGGGGGGCGCUGGGGCUCCCACCCUCACACCAACCAGCCCCAGCCCUCUCACGCCCACACGCCCUCCAGCAGCCUCAACGGCGACAGCCCCACCACCCCCAUCCCCGACUCCUCCUCCAGCAGCGAGGCGCCCCCUAAAGGUCUCUUCACCCCUCCGUCCCCGGCCCUGUCUCCCGUGCUGUCGGUGUCCUCGCCGCUGCCCCGCGAGGAGCGCGCCGUGGUCAGCCGGGGCGGCGCCGGCGCCGGGAGCAGCCCGGACUUCGAGCUGCUGCAGAGACUGGCUGCGGGCGGGGCGGCGGGCCGGGUCCUCUUCCACCCGCUGGCCCUGGGCCCUCAGGGCCCGCAGAGUCUCUACGCCCCCAGCACCAUCCGCUACGCUCCACCUGAGCUGCCCCCCUCCCACCAUCACAGCGCGGCGCACGGCGAUGGCCUGCAGCUACGCUCGGACCACCACAAGGGACCCCCGCCGGCCUUCUUCCCCCACCUGCAGCGGCUGGCGGCUCUGCCACCCUUCAGCGGUUUCUCCCCCUCUGACAGCCCCUUCUCCUCCAGCCUGCCCUUCUGUAUGAACGGACUGAGGGGGGCGGCGGGCCCCGAGGAGGACUGAGGUGAAAGCCGAGGAGGGAUCAGAACCAGAGAGACGGUGAAAAGGGCAGGAGAGACAGAAGUGGCAGGACAUUAGGCCUCGGCGGACGUCGCUAAUUGGAGAAGCGGCCGAAUAACUGCGGUCUGAAGUGGCUGACAAGUUUGUGCCGCGGGGAACCGUCACCACUGACAGCGCCUCUCUGAGAAAACGCCACAUGGAAACUUGACAAGACGUCGUCUGUCUCUCUCUCCACCACUGUGUUCUGUGUCUCUUCCACUCAGAGAAGCCAUAUUGUACAUAAAGUCCAACCAUGAAGACCCUCACGGCCGCUCGCCCCGAUUAACCCGAUUAACCUUCAAGCCGGUAGAGAGAGAGAGAGACGGACACGCGGCUCUGCGUGCGAGAGGAACUUUGGAAUAUAAAUUUUUAUUAUCGCAGUAUUAUAUGAAUCAUCUCUUAUAGGGUGAUGGAUUUUCAUUUAUCGGGCUUCUCUUCAAAAAGGGAGCCCUGGUGUUUUUCUAUUGAAUUUCAGCUUAAAAAAACUUAAAGCACACUGUUGGGGACAAAAAAAAAAACGACAAAGAAAAUAAGAAUAACGUCCCGCACAUUCCAUGAUCCGAAAGGGGAAAAAAUGCAAUGAUGACAAGAUGCUGUUUGUCUUUGUUCGUUCAACUAAUGAUUAAUUCUGUUCCACGUGUGUUUGUGUAUGAAAGCCAUAUUCUUGUUUGUCUCUCCGACUCCAGAAGUAACAUUCUUCACGUGAUGCACAAUAUAAUCCCGGCUCUUUUUGUUGAAUGUUCUGGUUCUGUUUGGGGAAAAAAAAGAAGGAAAAAAAAAAAAACAGUGGUUAUUUUAACUAAAGCGUCUCAGCACUUAAUGGAAAGCUGUUGCAGCGUGAACUCAAAGCACUUCAUCACUUAACACUUUCUGUGUGAUUAAAACAGAAAACAAUGCAAAAGUGGCCGUCGUGGAGUAGAGGAAAUAAAUAUUCAUCGACUGAAAGCAUCAAACGGUGACCGUCAACCACGUGGAUGAUUCAACCUUCUCACAAUGAAAAAAAAGAAGAAGUGGAAAUAGCAAACACUUAAAACGUUCCUCUCAGGAUCAAAUGCUUUUCAAAGUUCUUUUGUUUAUUUUAAUGGAAAAAAACUGUGACAUUUUAAUUAAAAACAUUUCAUAUUUAAAAAAAAAGGGAUUUAUAACCCACUAAAUAAAUACUAAUUUUUAAGCACUUUGAAAAUUCAAAUUAUCUGCUCAAUACUACUUGUGACGCCAUUUUUUCCCCCCUUGGUUUGACAUGGUGGAGUUUUCUGAUUGUUUGGAUGUUGGGGAUCCGUUGUAGCUGCCACAGAGUGUGCGUGCGUGCGUGUGUGUGUGAGAGAGAGUGAGAGAGUGUGUACAGUGUGCGUCUGCGUCUGUUUCAGUUUGGGUUUCUUGAAUAGCUAACCUCUUGCCUAUCACUGUGAAUCUCAUGUCGCCCUCACAUCUGUGUGAAUACUCCGCCCACUCCUCAAGUUAAAUGAACAAAUGUAAAAAGAGAACCAGUGAUACAAAUGAUGAUAACAAUAAAAGAAUAUUCCAGUAGGAGCACAACUCCCUGUUUCUCUGCGUCUUUCCUCCGGUGAGAAACAACAGCGCAAUGAAAUAUUCA